AUUGAUUUGUAUUACGUCAACACAUAAAUGCGUGGCGUUACUCACCACUUAAAAUACAAUUGCUUCCUUGUUUAAAAGUGCUUCCUUGUUUGGAACUAUUCACUUUAUUUGCAGACAAACAGACAAUGGCAUUGCAGUGGUAUUUAAUAGCGGUGUUUCUUUAUGGGGAGAUAGGGGUUAUAACUUUACUUCUCCUACCCUUUAUAUCACCAGCAAGAUGGCAGAGCAUCUUCCGCUCGAGUCUCGUACAGAAGUGUGCCAGGUUGUCCAACAUCUCCUUCAAUGUUUUCAUAGCGAUUCUACUUGUUAUGGUCAUGGAUGCUAUUAGGGAGGUGAGAAAGUAUGCGGGUCCGAUGUCCGUAGAGGACCUCAAGAACAAACCAAAUCAGGAAAAUCUCGCUCACGUGAGACUGUUCAUUGCGCAGAGAAACCUCUACAUUGCUGGAUUAGCCCUGUUCUUUUGGUUCAUUAUUCGUCGCCUGGUGACGCUGGUAUCAUUACAAGCCCAGUUGACCGCUCAGUCAGAGACAAACCAGAAACAUGCCAGAAGUGCUUCAAGAAAACAAAUGGAAGAGAAGGCGAGAAGUGAUGACACUGAUGUAGAUGCUGUUAAGGGGGAAGAAGAUCUUGCCACUCGGCUAGAUGAAACCGAACAAGAGCUCGAGAAAAUUAAAAAAGAACUUGAGGAGAAGCAGACAGACUUUGAUGCGCUGAAGAAGCAGACAGAGAGUACGAACAAGGAGUACAACAGACUGUUAAAUGAAUAUUCCAAGGCUCGGGUGAAAAUUGAGGAAUUAACAGGCGUCAGCAAGACAUAAAAUUAGAUUUAUAAUCAACGAAAUUGUGCAAUUUGUGUAAAAGUUUGUGUGCCAAUAGGCAUUGUACCAUAUUUGAUCGAGACCCCGUAUUUUCUGCAUCAUUGUUUUAAAUAUGUAUUCAUUUUCCUCCUUUAGUGAUAUUCGUUUCUUUUAUGCAUAAUUCCUUAACAACAUGUAUACAAUAAGUUUACCACACAUUUAUUAAGUGUUUAUGAAACUUGCUUUUAAUGACGGUGGUCAACAUCUAAAGUUAGUUUAUACUUAUGUGAGAGAGGUCUAGAAUUGAAAGUGUCCGUCUCUCGCAUGGAAGGUUUUGGGCUUAUUAACGCCUUGAGUGUUAUUCCUAAUUGGUCCAUAACGGAUCUAUAAAAUUGAUGAAGCUAAUGGCAUUCCGUGGUAUAAAUAACAAGCCUAAAACGUGAACGAAGUAUGACCAUAAGAUUGUCUUAAGUUGCUGAAUACCAAACGAGGGGUAAUUCUAUUGGCCAAUUUAAACCGCGCACCAGAUUUCAAGAUGGUGGAUCUAAGCUAGGAUUCAUAAGCAUAACGAUCCUUGAGAAUGAACUUUCAAAAAUGAAUAAUUAAAAAAAAAACUUCACAUAGUUGAAGUAAAAUGAACACUAGAUGCUUCCUUCGUUUAUUUAAUAGGAUUCGAGCUCCAUCAAUUCCACCUUCUCAUGGCCUCUCAAAACGGACACUUCGUGGCCUCUCCAAAAAAAAGGAUAGCAGCACUGGUUUCUGCACAGGAGACGGUAUCGAAAGCGAAUCAUUUUUUUACAAUCGAGCUAAAAUAAAUCGGUAUAAACAACAUAUGUCUAAAAACCUAUUUCGAUGGAACCCCAAGAAGUUGGUAGUGAUAUAGCGCCAAAAGAUAGACUUCAAUUUUACAUACAUAUAAUACUAGUGAUCAUUCACCAUUGUUAUCAUUCACAACUUAAGACGUAAGUCACCAUAAAUCCAUAGUAUUUGCUUAACUGUAAACUCUGGUGAAAUAAAAAGAUUUUGAGUUGAUAUCAUUUACCAUGUAAGAUUGACAUUGAUGUCAUUCGCCUCUUAAGACUGUCAUUGAUGUCAUUCAUCACUCAAGACUGUCAUUGAUGUCAUUCACCACUUAAGAGUGUCAUUGAUGUCAUUCACCAGUCAAGAUUGUCAUUGAUGUCAUUCACCAGUCAAGAUUGUAAUUUAUGUCAUUCACCAGUAAAGAUUGUCAUUGAUGUCAUUAAGCAGUCAAGAUUGUCAUUGAUGUCAUUCACCAGUCAAGAUUGUAAUUGAUGUCAUUCACCAGUCAAGAUUGUCAUUGAUAUCAUUGAUGUCAUUCACCAGUCAAGAUUGUCAUUGAUGUCAUUCACCAGUCAAGAUUGUCAUUGAUGUCAUUAACCACUUAAGAAAAAGAAGCUACACUAUGCACUAUUUUGAAAUGCUUUGCCAUAGUUAUCAUUUUGUUCAAAAAUCCGACGUAUAUGAGGGUUUAAUUACGUGCUUAAGAAUUGUUUUAUUCAUUGUAUAAUAGUUUUUGAUCCUCGGAAAGAUCAUGAUGGUGUGUGUGUGUGUGCGUGUGUGUGUGUGUGUGUGUGCAUGCGUGCGUGCGUGUGUGUUUCUUUUUGUUAAAAUUGGCUGUGAGAAUUAUUCAGAGAUUAUUUUUGUGUUGGCUUACACUCUGAAUGUAUUUAUAUAAACUUCUUUGCCAGUUUCAUGUUAGGACCUAAAUAGAAUUACAUUUAUUUUUUA